CAAAGCUCGAACCAUGUUUGCCCUUGUAAUUAAAAUCUUUGGAUCCAUCUAGAGAGUCUAGAGAUGAUAGCUAGGUUACUACAAAUACAAAUUUGAAGUUUUUACACUUACUUUCCUCAGUUGUGACGAGCGCACGAUUUCAAAGUUAAAUUUGAUUUAAUUUCUAAUCGUACAUCUAACCAAAAAAUCGAAUUCUCUAAUAUUAGAGGUAGCCAAAAUCCACCAAGUUAUGCCUCCCUGGACUCAGGCUCAGCCUUUCCCACACCAAGAAUCUGACUUUCCGCCGUUUGCAGGCGACGCAAACAGCUGCCACCUUGAAAAUUAUUAAAAGAGUGAGUUGAUACGCAACCCAUUACUUAGAUAAUUCCCCACAGUCCACCCACAUGCGCUGAUUCUCAUACACAUCAGAUCCAAUCUUUCCAAUUAAAUAACCAAUCAGACAAAGAGACAACUCAUCACCGAUUCUGUAUAUUCCUCCUGUGUCCGCCCAUUUUUCUCUCAUUUCCGCACAACCCAUUUGGAUUCCAUUGCAUCUUCAACCCGUUUUUUUUUUUUUCUAUGGCUUCUCUCAGUUUCUCUCCCAUCAGAGCCAAACCCUCUGGCGGGGACUUCCGGCCGUUUCGCAGGCAGAGUUUGGCUCGGCCCAGCAGAGUUGCGUUUAGGGUCUUUGCUUCUGAGGGUCAGGCUGAGCCUGAUCUGAGUGUCACUGUCAAUGGAUUGCAUAUGCCGAAUCCUUUUGUUAUCGGGUCCGGUCCGCCCGGGACCAAUUAUACCGUCAUGAAGAGGGCUUUUGAUGAAGGUUGGGGUGCUGUGAUCGCCAAAACGGUGUCUCUGGAUGCUGCCAAAGUUAUAAAUGUAACUCCUCGGUAUGCCCGGCUACGAGUAGGAGCAAAUGGCUCAGCCAAAGGACAAAUUAUUGGGUGGGAAAAUAUUGAACUCAUAAGCGAUCGGCCUCUUGAAACAAUGUUGAAAGAGUUCAAGCAAUUAAAAGAAGAGUAUCCUGAUAGAAUACUUAUUGCUUCAAUCAUGGAGGAAUAUGAUAAAGCAGCCUGGGAAGAACUUAUCGACCGAGUUGAGCAAACUGGAAUUGAUGCCCUUGAGAUCAAUUUUUCAUGUCCUCAUGGUAUGCCAGAGAGAAAAAUGGGUGCUGCAGUUGGGCAAGAUUGUGCACUUUUGGAGGAGGUUUGUGGAUGGAUAAAUGCAAAAGCCACUGUUCCGGUGUGGGCAAAAAUGACUCCUAACAUCACUGACAUUACACAGCCAGCUAGGGUGGCUCUGAGUUCAGGAUGUGAGGGGGUGUCUGCUAUUAACACGAUCAUGAGUGUGAUGGGGAUCAAUCUCAACACCUUACGUCCUGAGCCUUGUGUUGAGGGAUACUCAACUCCUGGGGGCUAUUCUUGCAAGGCAGUCCAUCCCAUAGCACUGGGAAAAGUGAUGAGCAUUGCAAAAAUGAUGAAGGCUGAAUUUGGUGAGGACUACUCGCUCUCUGGUAUUGGAGGUGUUGAGACAGGUGGUGAUGCUGCCGAAUUUAUUCUUCUUGGAGCAAACACUGUUCAGGUAUGCACUGGUGUUAUGAUGCACGGUUAUGGCCUUGUGAAGAAACUUUGCUCUGAGCUAAAAGAUUUCAUGAAAAUGCACAAUUUCUCAUCCAUAGAAGAUUUCAGAGGGGCUUCUCUUGAAUACUUUACAACGCACACAGAUUUGGUACAAAGGCAGCAAGAAGCAAUUCGGCAGAGGAAAGCCAUCAGGCAAGGGUUACAGUCUGACAAAGACUGGACAGGAGAUGGCUUUGUGAAAGAAAGUGAGAGCAUGGUUUCUAACUGAAGUCUUCUACUUUGUUGGAAUUGCCCUGAUCUUUGAUGGAUCAAAAGCAAACAAAUAGGAAGGUGAACUUGAUGUAUGCUGUUGAUUAUACCUUUAUUCACAUGGAAAACACUGAUUAGUGAAAGAAGCUCCCGAAGAACAAACACACUUCUAAUUGCAUGAUCAUCCUAUUUAGAUGCUUUGUAACUGUGUUGUGCUAUCUAAUGAUACAUGUAGGCCCUAUUUGAGAUAACAUUUAACAGUAGAAAUAGGAGUUGAAGUACUUACUAUUACAGUGUGAUUGAACUUUUGUUUGACAAUAUUAACUUAAAAAUGCUUUAAUUAAAGGAUAAUUAUGAUA